GUGAGAGAGACACACACACAGACAGACAUAGAGGAUCUUGGACCUGGUAAUACUACUUGGUACAGAAGUAACUGCAAGUGGUUUUAGGGGGUGGGGGUGCAGUUUGGGGAAGUUAUGAACAGUUGAGUACCUGUCUUGCAACAGCAUUUGAGAAAAGCAAAAGACAGAGUGAGGAAGAUAGAAAGUGACAGAGUGAAAGAGGCAGCCUGGGAGAAAGGAGAGCGACCGAACCCAAGGAGAGAAAAGCGAGAGCUUCGGAGGAAGAGGUGGCUUGGUUUGUCAGCUCCAUGUUCAAUCAACUGCCUUUAUGUAGUGAAGUGUGACGUGAAAAAGACUGUCUGUAUCUCGUCCGUCUGGCUCUCUGGCAGAUGUCGGACCCUCAGUCUUCCGUCAUGGAUGAGUGCACCUUGUCAUCCCUCCCGUUCUCUUCCCUCAAUCAUCCCUCCUUCCACGGGACCCCUUCAGCUCUGACCCCUGACUCGUCGGGCUCGACCCUCGGCCCCCUGUCCAGCCACGCUCCGCAAGGUGACGGGCUGUUGUAUGGCCAGCCUCCAGGGCUUCAGGGAGUGGUGAGGAUGGACACGGACAGGAUGGGGGGGCAGAUCAUGGGUUACCCCUAUCUCCCAUACUCCCCAUGCCUGAGUGGCGCUGCCAGUGACAGAGCCGCUCACGUGCUGCACCAGGAGUUCUCCCCCUUCCUCCCACCCCCGCCCCCUGGCCUCCUCCGGCAGCCCCCGCAGAAGAAGAGCCUGAGCAAAGACAGCAUGGAGUACCGCCUACGCCGCGAGAGGAACAACAUCGCAGUGAGGAAGAGCCGCGACAAGGCAAAGCGCCGCGUGCAGCUCACCCAGCAAAGAGCCAUCCAGCUGCAGGAGGAGAACCACGGACUGCAGGCACUAAUCACGCAGCUGACACAGGAACUGGACACUCUUAAGCAAAUCCUGUCACAGCGCCACCUGCAGCGCAGAGAUAAUAAUCUCGCAGAGGAUGAGAGUUAUUAAUAUGGAUUUAGAAUAGGAAGACAAGACUUGUAUUUUGGGUAGGCUAUAAGAGUUAGGGUUGGAUUUAGGGGACCAAUUGGAAAGCACUGUUCAUUUCUAUUUUUACACUUAAUUUUAUAUGCAAAUAUGUGGUGUUUAAUUAUUAGUUCAAUUAUUUGUUAUUUUCUGCUGUACAUUUUUUAUGGAGAAACGACGAUCUUCUGUGUAACAUUCUGUGUUAUUAAACUGGAUUGCGAACCUCAGCUUUUUCAAUAAAAUAAAACUUCUAUUUCUAAAUUG